AUGUCAUUUUCAUUUGGAUUUUCAAAAGACGACUUUAGUGAUGAUGAAUUAGAUGAAUCAUCUCAUAUACAACCAAUCACUUCUGCACAAAAUAAAGGAAGUACCACUGAAAAAUCUGCCUUAGAUUCCUUACAGAUUAGUCCUGAAAAUCUUCCGAAAGAACAUUCAUUAGAUUCAUUAUUAUCUACUUUACAGAAUGUCAGAAUCACAUUAGAUAAUUAUACCACUAACGGUGGGAAUAUUGUAUACAGAAGAGAAUUAUUUGAUGUCAAGCAUCAGAUCAUGACUGAAGAUGAAGGAGACAAUUCUAAAUUGAGUGAACUUCUUAUUGAUGAAAACAAUAAUGAUUUACAGAAAAAUGUAUAUGAAGGGGGGUUCAAAAGUUGGGAAUGUUCAUAUGAUACUGUUGAUAAAUUAUCAUAUUUGAUUGAAAAUGAUCAAUUGAAAAAUAAAAGUAUUUUAGAGCUUGGUUGUGGAACGGCAUUACCAUCUUGUUUUAUCCUUUUGAAAAAAUUACAACUACAGAAUAAACAAUCAUUAAAAUUAAUCUUGUCUGAUUUCAAUUUUGAUGUUCUUCGAUUAGUAACAUUACCAAAUAUCAUUACACAUUGGGCGUCCACUUUACCUGUUGAACAAUUGCACAGUUUGGUGACCAGUGAAGACGUUCCUCGUUUCAACAAUGACGAGUUGUUUUUCACUUCAAGAUUACUUGAACAAUUCAAGAAUGAUCUCUUGGAAUAUAAUAUUGAUUUGAAAUUCAUUUCUGGUGCUUGGGGUAAAGAGUUUAACCAAUUGGUUGCAAAUGAUGAUGUUGAUUUCAUGAUCAGUUCCGAGACUAUUUACUCACCAGAGACUUUACCAAUAGUAGCUGAAUCAAUUAAAGAUAUCCUUUCUAAAUCUACAGCCCAAUCAUCUGGAGCAUUAGUUGCAGCAAAGAAUAUUUAUUUUGGUGUUGGUGGAUCAUUGAUUGAAUUUUUAAACUACUUUAACAAAAUCAAGACUAAUGAGUUUGAAGUCACUGUUGAAGAAAUCAAUGAUGCUCAAUUGAAAAGAUCCCUAGUUUUUAUUAAAUAUAAUAAAUAG